AAAGAUUACUUAUAGAAUGUCUUUCCCAAAUAAAGAAGAUCGUACAAAAUGUUGGAACUACAGGGAUGAGUAUUGGAAAUGUCUUGAUGAUGGUAAAUCAGAAACAGAAUGUAAGAGAUUUAGAGAUCAGUAUGAAAAGUUUUGUCCUGCACUAUGGGUAAAACACUUUGAUCGUAAGCGAGAGUACUUGAAAUUCAAAGAGCAAAUAGAGCAAGGGGGGACAUGCAGCAUUGAUGGAAGUAGAACAGAAAAGGCUGAUUCACCUGCACAAGUUGCUGCAAAAGCAACAUUCGAUUUUCAAACAACAAGUACCCAUUCAUAUGAUUAG